AUGGAUCCUGCCUCCUCCCACCCAGCCCCGGCUCUGCUCCCUCUCAUCAGCACUGUCCUUCUGCUCCUGGCCCCGGCCGUUCCUGCUGGAAUCCCACUCAAUCUCAACUGGCAGUUAGGAAGUGCCUAUGAGGAGGGGUAUUACAAGGAGGGGGAUUUCCUACUGGGGGCAAUAAUAGACCUGCACCAUCUCUGGAAAGCCCUGGCUAUAAACACCAAAGCAAAGCCGUGCCGGAUACGGUACUAUACAGAUGAGUACCUGCAGCAUUUCCGCCACCAUCUGGUCGUUAUUUACGCAGUAGAAGAAAUCAACUCCAAUGAGAAGCUCCUGCCCAACGUCACCCUCGGGUACCACAUCUAUGACUCUCUGGCGUAUGAGUCUCAGGCACAGAAACAUAUUUUCCGGAUAUUAUCCGGGGGACGGAACAUGAUCCCUAAUUAUCUCUGCUCAAGUGGAGGGGUGUUGGCUGCAUUUAUUGGGGACAAGUCUUCUCCAACGUCUCUAUCAAUGGCCACCCUCAUCCGGAUAUACCACUACACUCAGAUCAGCUAUGGAGCAAUGGAUCCCAUCUUCACCGACAGACUCCGCUUUCCGUUCUUCUAUCGCACCGUCCCAGAUGGAUACGCUCAGCAUGGAGCCAUCGUACAGAUCCUCCAGCACUUUGGCUGGAACUGGGUGGGGAUUUUAGCUUCUGACGCAGAGAGCGACCAGAUGGGGAGCUGGGAACUCAAGGGGCAGAUCAUGAGGAGUGGGCUGUGUGUGGAGUAUUUGGUAACCGUGUCGGGCAAAUUCAGCCGCAAAGAAGGAGAACAGAAGAGAGUUGAAAGUGUUUUGAGACGGGCGACAGCCAAGGUGAUUAUAUUGUACAAUUCUUCUGAUAAUGUGAAAUGGUUUCUGCUAAUGAACAAACGGAUGGAGUUGCCGGACGCUGUGUGGAUUAACCUGGGCUUGGACUUUUAUCCCACUGACCAUGGUUUUGAGGUGAUAUUCUUCAAUGGUUCUCUGGGACUUUCCAUAAAGAGAGGAAAUAUACCCGGAUUUACAGAUUUUCUUUAUAGUUUAUCCCCUCAAAAAUAUCCUGAUAAUAUGAGGCUAAAGUGGGCAUGGUCUUGGACCUUCAGAUGCCAUUAUAAUGGGACCAAUCCAGAGGAAUUACCGUGGGAAACCCUUCCCUGCUCUGGCUCUGAGUCUCUGCUGGACCUUCCUCAGAAUAAAUACGAUGCCUACAACUUCAGGACGACCUACAGUAUUUACACGGCAGUCUAUGCCCUGGCUCAGGCACUGCACGCAAUGAUCUCUGAGGCACCAAGCAAGGCCAAGGGCACAGUUGGACUGAAGAAGGGCUUCCAGUCAUGGCAGCUCAGACACUAUGCCCAGAACGUUGGCUUUGCCACUGCCAGCGAAGAGUUCUUCUUUGAUGAGUAUGGGGGGCGGCCGGCACGUUAUGAUAUUGUAAACUGGGCGGUUCUACCGGACCUGAGCGUCACACAGGAAACAGUUGGGCACUUCGACUCUACUGCUCCAGAGAGCCAACGGCUCCUCAUCAAUGACAGCGCCAUCCGGUGGCACCACAGGUUCACACAGUUGCCCCAGUCGUUGUGCACUGAGCCCUGUGAGCCUGGAUACAGAAAGUCUCCCCAAGAGGGAAAGCCCCCCUGUUGCUAUGCCUGCGUGCAGUGCCCGGAGGGAGAGAUCUCCAGUACAAUGGACACGGACUCCUGCCUGGCCUGCCCUGAAGAUCACUGGUCCAACCAGGGAAGAGAUCAAUGUAUCCCAAGAAUCAGAGACUUUCUCUCCUAUGAAGACCCAUUGAGUGCAGCCCUGGUGUGUGUUGCCCUUGUGCUCACACUAAUAACAGUAUUAGUGCUGGGGGUAUUUAUUUUAUACCGGGACACUCCUAUAGUCAGAGCCAAUAACAGGAAUCUCAGCUACAUGCUCCUCCUCUUCCUCAUCAUGUCCUUCCUCUGCUCACUGUUAUUUAUGGGACCCCCUGACAAUCUGACCUGCCAACUCCGUCAGGUUUCUUUUGGGAUUGUAUUUACAGGAUCCGUCUCCUCUGUCCUGGCUAAAACCAUCACGGUCAUCUUAGCCUUCAAAGCCACGAAGCCGGGGGGCAAGUUGCGGAAGUGGCUGGGAAACAGAAUGUCCUUCUCCCUGGUCCUUAUCUGCUCCCUGGUCCAGGCUCUUCUAUGUACCACGUGGCUGAUCCGCUCCCCCCCAUUCCCAGACUAUGACACUUGGUCAGUUAAAGGGCAGAUAAUCUUACAGUGCAAUGAAGGCUCAGUCCCUGCAUUCUAUAUGGUGGUGGGUUACAUGGGAUUUCUGGCUGCUCUGAGCUUCCUUGUUGCUUUCCUAGUGAGGAAGGUCCCAGAUAGAUACAAUGAGGCCCAACUCAUCACCUUCAGCAUGUUGGGUUUCUGCAGCGUCUGGGUCUCCUUCAUCCCGGCCCAUCUGAGCACCAAGGGCAAAUACACGGUGGCUGUGGAGAUAUUUGCCAUCUUGGCAUCUGGGGCGGGGCUCUUGGCCUGUAUCUUUGUCCCCAAAUGUUAUAUAAUAUUGAUCCGGCCGGAGCUGAACGCUAGAGAGAAACCCAUGAUAAUCAGAGGAGACAUCUCUGCAGAACGGUGAGGGAGUCAAGGACAGUGACAGUCAAUGGCAAUGAUGGUACCGUAGAAACAAAAUGAGAAUUCAUGGAGCUUUUACCCAUAGGGGGGUCACUGUUAUACGGCAGUGUGGGGUCUGUCACCAACUGUCACUUAUUGGCACCUCUGGCACAGGGACUCCAUUCAUUUCAGCAGGACAAUGGUGUAUCAGCAGGUACCUGAGGGGCUUAGUCUGCCCAUUAUUAUGCAAACCUCAAAAUGUGACAGUUUCUGGGCCCCAAUGUCAGGGAUGGGGGUAUUUUUAUUACUUUUUACAAGUACAUUAAAUGGUCGGCUUUGUUC